CAUCUCCAACUUCCUCGCAUUUCUCUCGUGCCCCCUGCACGGUGCAAGCCGGACGUAAAAACUUCGUGAAAUUUCUUUGGUGCACCGGCAUUUUAGUUUGUUUUGUGUGCGUGGAUAAGGCGUGCAACAUGGCUUCCUGUAAUUUAACGCUUGUCCGUCGGCUCAGCACUUCUCCAAUUGCCCGGGCAAUGAUCAAGACACCUAUUCAGGUGUAUGGCAUCGAAGGGCGCUAUGCAUCUGCUCUGUACUCGGCUGCCAGCAAGUCCAAGUCACUGGACAAGGUGGAAAAGGACCUGAUUGAGGUGCAGGACCUCCUGAAGACCGACACCAUGUUCCGCAACUUUGUGCUGAACCCCACCCUGCAGAAGGAAGCCAAGCGACAGGCCAUGGAGAUGGUGGCCACUAAGAAGAAGACAGCGGACUCAACCAAGAACUUGUUGCUGCUGAUGGCCGAAAAUGGCCGUCUGAACAAGCUGGACAGUGUGGCCACCUCCUUCCGCACGCUGAUGGCGGCGCACCGUGGUGAGGUGGUGUGCGAGGUGACGACAGCCAAGCCGCUAGACGCCGCCGGCCAAAAGGAAGUGGAGGCCACGCUCAAGGCGUUCCUCAAGAAGGGCGAGGUGCUGAAGUACUCCACCAAGGUGGACCCUGCCAUCGUGGGUGGCAUGGUGGUCACCGUCGGCGACAAGUAUGUGGACAUGUCGAUCGCCUCGAGGAUCAAGAAGUACACGGAGGCCAUCUCGACGGCCGUUUGAGCGGCUGCCGGCGGCGAGCUAGACGUUCGGGGUGUAUGUGCUGGUUAUGUGGAAGUGAUAUGGCCACUUGGUUUGGUGUGUGCCACAGUUCUAAUACAGCUGUCAAAACGGACCGACCAAA